AUGGCUUCUAAAGUUCUCAGGCUAAAGAGAUCAAACUUGGAGCCGCCCAUCGACCCAGAAGACCAGGACUUUACCAGUCCCGUUACUGUCGCUCAGCCCGAUCUCGGAGGCCCGAUGACACAGGAUCAAGGGGAGCUAGGGCCGUACUUUACCAGAAAAUACGGAUCGAAACACCACUCAUUCUGGAACGUGCCAUGGCCUCUCAGCUAUGAGAAGGAAAUCCUCGACAUGGACGUUUUACUCCACCAGCUGUUAAAGGAGAUCAAAGGAUUGACCGUGACUGAUUUCUCAGCCGGCCCUCCAACCAAGGUGCUAGACCUCGGCACUGGGCUUGGAGCCUGGGUCCUUGAUGCGGCACACCAGUGGCCGAAUACCGAGUUUGUUGGCUUGGACGUCGUCCCUAUUCAGCCAAAGCUGGAUCGUGGGCUUGAUCCAUCCAUUCACGCCCGAAUAAGAUGGGUGACGAGCAAUUUUCUACAACCACUUCCGUUCCCUGAUGGAAGUUUCGAUUUUGUGCGAGGUGUGAAUAUAGCCAGGGGGGUUCCAGAGUCAAAGUGGACGUUUUUGUUCGAGGAAGUGGCUAGAGUCUUGAAACAGGGAGGAAAGGUCGAAAUCGUGGCAGAAAAUAUCGUAUUCCCAUAUAUCCCUCGGGCGAUAUCGCAAGCAACAUCCCCCACCAUCGAUACCCCUGUUCAGCCAUAUUUUGGCCUACCAAGACAUGAACAUAUCUUGUUAGAGGAGUUAUUCUUCGACGUCUUCUCUUCUCGAUUCAUCAACGUUUCGCCUGUUCGAAUCAUCCCUUCGAGCAUGAAUAUUAGUCUUCGCAAUGUGGUCGAAGUACCCAUCCAUAUUCCAUCCAAAUCGCCGACCACAGAUAAUGAUCCUAGAGGAGAGAGUAUCCCUACAACACCAGAUUAUACACAUGGAAAAGCCUCCUCAAUACCCUUUCCUGCAGCAUCCGACUCGCCGUGCCACCUGUUCGAUUGGGCAAAUGAACUCCGGGCCUGGCAAGCAGUACUCGGCUGCAAGGAAGCGAUGUGGGAAGAGCUAGAGAAAAAGACCAAGGAAGACCGGGACAUUAAGGAGACGGGCGAGGACCUCCUAAGGAGCCUGCCCUGGUCCAAAGAGGAACGCGAGCUGCGUCCGCGUCAGUUGUUCGAGUUGCUGUUCCUCAGAUACGAGCGGGAGAUGAGAAAGUGCAUCAGCAUUUCUACCGCUCUGAGGAAACGACUGGGAUGGAGCGCGGGCAAGCACGAACACGAAUAUGGCGUCUUCGACGAAAACUUUGAUUGGCUAGAUAGGGAAAGCCGGUACUUUGCAGGUGAGGACGAGUCGACACGUCAUAUGAGCUGCUUUUUAGCGCAAAAAGGCGACAAGUUCUCACUGCAAGUAUAA